AUGGUAGCUGCCAAGGCUACCUAUUUUGAGGCACAUGAAGCAAAGAAGCUCAUGAUCAAGGAGGCCAAAUUGGAAGCUUAUGAGUGGUUGGAUGCAAUUCCGAAAAACAAAUGGUGUAAGUAUGCUUUCCCUUUCUUCUUAAAGUGUGAUGUGUUAAUGAACAAUUUGAUUGAGUCUUUUAAUGCAACAAUCUUACUUCAAAGGGACAAGCUAGUAAUUACUAUGCUUGAGUGGAUUAGGAAUUAUAUAAUGGGAAGGUUUGCAACCCUUAGAGAAAAGGUAGAUGGAUACAAUGGUCAAAUAAUGUCUAAACCAUUAAAAAGUCUAGAUAGAGAGAUUGAGAAGAGUGAAAGUUGGACAACAGCAUAUGCUGGUAGGUUUUCAUUUCAGGUUACCAAUGUACUUUUUACCGAUAGCUUUGUACUGGACCUAGAAAAACAUACAUGUAGUUGCAACUUUUGGGAGCUAGUUGCCAUACCAUGUAGACAUGCAGUGGCAGCCAUUCAUAGGAAGGUGGAUGACUCAGUGAGCUAUGUAAACAAAUGUUAUCAUAAGAGUACAUAUGAAACAUGCUACAAUGAAAUCAUCACCCUUUUGAAUGGACAAAAUAAAUGGCCCAGAACCUCUCAAACUGAUAUGUUUCCACCACUGUACAAACAUGGUGCAGGGAGGCCCAAAAGGUUACGUAGGAGAGAACCUGAUGAAGUUAAUCAGAAUAAAUUGCAGAGAACUAAUACUAGUCAUAAGUGCAAGGUUUGUUUUGAACUAGGUCACAACAAAAGGACUUGCAUGAAAAAUGGGCAAAUUGUUGCUAUAGGUGUGCCAACAAACAAUGUUCCAAGUGAAGAAGUUCCAACAAACAAUGUGCCUACUGAAGAUGUGCCAACACAGGCCAGUCAAACAGCCCAAGCAACUAAAGAUAAGCAUAUGCCUAAAGCCAAAGCUUCAAAGAAUGUCAAAUCUAGGAAAACUGAUGGAGCUGUGAUGGAGCUGGAACAAGUGGGACAUCACAACCAUCACAGUCUUCACCUGUUGAUAAAAGUGCAAACCAAGGCCAAAAAAAGUAAAAGUGAUGUUCAAGUGGCAAAAAGGCAAAGUGACAGACUCAGGAGCCUUAAGACAAAGGUUGUUGCAGGUCCAGGAAAAAAACCAGAUGACCCAUUGGUUAUCACUGAGGAGGAUGAAGCCACAGAAGAUUCAACUAGUGGUGUCAUCAAGAAAAAGAAAUGGGGUGACAUCUAUAAAGGCUUAACUCAUAAUUAUCUUUUGAUACAAAUAAUAUAUAUAAUGUCAUCUUUAAGAAUUUCUAAAAAUGUUCUUGCAAUCUUGUCGUUUGUUUGGAUUUCCAACAUUUUCACCCAUGCACAAGUUCUAUUUCCCUUGGAGAACAAAUUUGAACUUAGCUACUCACUUUCUUCCCAGAAUGGAGAACGGACUACAACUAAUACAUAUCAUGCUAUAUUGAAAUUCAUAAAUUCAUCGAGUUUUCCGGGUCGAGGAUCAUUUCCAACUGGCUUUUUGUUUGGUGCUGGAUCUUCUGCCCUUCAGAUUGAAGGAGCUUCUAAUGAAGGAGGAAGAGGACUUGGUGUGUAUUUAGAUGUAGAUAAGUUUUCCAAAAAGAUUGAAUAUUAUAAGCGCUAUAAGGAGGACGUACAACUUUUAAAGAAGCUCGGAGUAAAUUCUUAUAGAAUGUCCAUAUCUUGGAAUAGAAUAAUGCCAAAUGGAACCUUGAAAGGAGGUAUAAACAAAGAAGGUAUCAACUUCUACAACAAUUUGAUCAAUGAGUUGCUAAAAAAUGGUAUUGAACCUUUUGUGACUAUCAUGCACUUUGACUAUCCGCUAGCUCUUCAACAAAAACUUGGCGGCUUCUUAAAUCGCUCCAUUGUGAGACAUUUCAAGGAUUUUAGUGAACUCUUAUUCAAAACAUAUGGAGAUCGGGUGAAAUAUUGGACUACAAUCAACGAGGGAGAGGUCACAGCUAUAUUUCAAUACAUGCACAAUAUUGAUAAUAUGUCUGUUGAGGCAUGUCCAACUACGGGUAAAAUAUGCACAGAAGCAUAUAUUAUACUUCAUAAUUUCCUAAUUGCCCAUGCUACAACAUCAAAUUUAUACAAAACAAAAUUUCAAGCACUUCAAGGGGGAGAAAUUGGAAUUGCUCUUUCAUCAGGAAGUUAUUAUCCCUACAGCUCUAAACCAGAGGAUGUGGCUGCUGCUAAAAGACUAAUGGAUUUCUAUUGGGGAUGGGUUUUAAAGCCAAUUUUCCAUGGAGAUUAUCCAAAAAUAAUGAGAAAGCUAGUGGGGAAUAGGCUACCCAAAUUUACAAAAAAAGAUAAACAAAUGUUAAAAGGAAGCACAGACUUUAUUGGGCUCAAUUAUUAUACUUCUCACUUUGCUAGACAUGAAUCAAAUAAAACCAAGGUUUUUGGUGACAAUUUUGAUGCCUUAGCUAUGUCAGAAGUUUAUAACGUGGAAGGAAAAACUCUUGGCUACAUGGAUCAAUACGGUUUGAACUUUGUCUAUCCUGAAGGAUUAUAUGACUUCUUACUCUAUAUUAAGAAAAAGUACCAAAACCCCAAAAUCUACAUCACUGAAAAUGGUAUUGCUUCUUUCAAAACACCAAAUCCAUUGAAGGAUGAACAUCGAGUUGCUUACAUUGCUGCACAUAUUAACGCGACCAAAGCAGCCAUUGAUGCUGGUGUAAAUGUUUGUGGUUACUUUUCCUGGGCAGCUUUUGAUACAUUUGAAUUUCAAGCGGGCUAUUCUAGAAAUUGGGGGCUUUAUCAUGUCGAUUUUAAUGAUAGUCUCAAGCGUAUACCAACUGACUCAGCUAAUUGGUAUAGGAAAUAUUUGACAGAUGAUUUGAUUGGACUAAACUAA